AUGGCUUUUAAGUUCGUCGCUCUUCUUGCCCUCAUCGCCGCCGCCAGCGCAGGUGUCUUGCCCGCCGCUCAGGUGUACCAUGCCGCUCCUGCUGUGGCCACCUACCACCAUGCCGCUCCAGCUGUGGCCACCUACCACCAUGCCGCUCCAGCUGUGGCCACCUACCACCAUGCCGCUCCAGCUGUGGCCACCUACCACCAUGCCGCCCCCGCUGCCGUUGUCAAGACUGUGGCACAGCCCGUGUACGCCAAGGCUGCCGAGGAAUACGAUCCCCAUCCCCAGUACAAGUACGCCUACGAUGUCCAGGACUCGCUCUCCGGCGACUCCAAGAGCCAGGUGGAGGAGCGCGAUGGUGAUGUCGUUCGUGGCGAAUACUCUCUGAUCGAUGCUGAUGGCUACAAGCGCACCGUUCAAUACACUGCCGAUCCCAUCAACGGCUUCAACGCUGUGGUGAACCGCGAACCCCUCGUCAAGGCCGUUGCUGUGGCUCCAGUUGUCAAGGCCGUCGCUGCUGCCCCCGUUGUGGCUCACUACGCCGCCCCAGCUGUCGUGAAGACGGUCGCCCCCGCCUACACCACCUACCAUCACUAA